AUGGAGAAAUACGAGCGUAUCCGGGUGGUGGGGAGAGGGGCGUUCGGGAUCGUCCACCUCUGCCGGCGCAAAAUGGACCAGAAGCUGGUGAUCCUGAAGCAGAUCCCUGUGGAGCAGAUGACCAAGGAUGAGCGACUGGCAGCGCAGAACGAAUGCCAGGUGCUGAAGCUGCUCCAUCACCCACAUGUCAUUGAGUACUAUGAGAACUUCCUGGAGGACAAGGCCCUCAUGAUCGCCAUGGAGUAUGCCCCAGGUGGUACCUUGGCAGAAUUUAUCCACAAACGUGGCAGCUCCCUGCUGGACGAGGAGACCAUACUACACUUCUUUGUGCAGAUCUUGCUGGCUCUGCAUCACGUCCACACCAAGCAGAUCCUCCACCGUGACCUCAAGACCCAGAACAUCCUGCUGGACAAGCACCACAUGAUCGUCAAGAUUGGUGACUUCGGCAUUUCCAAGAUUCUCUGCAGCAAGAGCAAGGCCUACACGGUGGUGGGCACCCCAUGCUACAUCUCUCCGGAGCUGUGUGAGGGCAAGCCGUACAACCAGAAGAGUGAUAUCUGGGCCCUGGGCUGUGUGCUGUAUGAACUUGCCAGUUUGAAGAGGGCCUUUGAAGCCGCGAACCUGCCAGCCUUAGUGCUGAAGAUCAUGAGUGGGACGUUUGCGCCCAUCUCGGACCGCUACAGCCCUGAGCUGCGGCAGCUCAUCCUCAACAUGCUCAACCUGGACCCUUCCAAGCGCCCCCCGCUGAACGAGAUCAUGGCGGAGGCCAUCUGUAUCGGGCCCCUGCUGAACCUUUACACGGACGUGGGCAGUGUCAGGAUGCGAAGACCUGAGAAACCGUUAGUGCCAGCAGUGGCUCAUGGCAGGGCUGGAGGGAGAGCCGCCAGCGCGAGAGUCAGGGGAUCCCGAGGCAGGCUGGCCAGGCCCAGCAUCCCUCUGGCCCCGUCUUCAGUCUAUGCCUGGGGGGGUGGGAUCACCACUCCUCUCCUCCUGCCUCUGCUGAACACGGAAGUGGUGCAGGUGGCCACUGGCAGGACCCAGAAAGCAGGCGUGACCAAAUCCGGGCGGCUCAUCAUGUGGGAGCCUCCCCCGAUGGGUGCCGCCGCAGGGCCCUCGCUCCCUGGAGCCACGGAGCAGCUGCAGCCCCAGCUCGUGUGCCGCUUCCUGGAGGGCCAGUCCGGGGUGACCAUCAAGCACGUCGCCUGCGGGAACCUUUUCACAGCUUGCUUGACAGACAGAGGGAUCGUCCUGACCUUCGGCAGUGGGAGCAGCGGCUGUUUGGGGCACGAGACUUUUGUGGACGUGAGCCAGCCCAAGAUUGUGGAGGCUCUGCUGGGCUAUGAGAUCACACAGGUCGCCUGCGGUGCCUCCCACGUCCUGGCCGUUUCCAAUGAAGGGGAGGUCUUUGCCUGGGGCAGAGGGGAGAAUGGACGCCUGGGCCUGGGGACGCAGGAGUCCCACAGUUCUCCACAACAGGUGCCCAUCCCCAUGGAGCACGAGGCACAGAGGGUCCUUUGCGGCAUUGAUUCCUCGAUGAUCCUGACGGCAAAGAAUCAAAUUCUCGCCUGUGGAAGCAACAGGUACAACAAGCUGGGCUUGGACAGGAUCUUGUCUGGGGAAGAGCCCCUUGUGGCGGACCAGGUGGAGGAAGCCCACGUUUUCAGCCCUGCCCAGUCGGCCCCCUUGUGCGAAGGGGCCAUUGUGUGGGCUGACAUCGGAACGGCCCAUUCGUCAGUUGUCACAGCCUCUGGCCAGUGCUACACCAUUGGCAGCAACCAGCAUGGCCAGUUGGGCCCUGUCCCUUGCCGUGCCAGCCGGGUGCCCUACCUGGUGGAGGGGCUCCAAGCCAUCAAAGUCAUCAUGGCGGGCUGUGGCGAUGCCUUCACGGUUGUCGUGGGAGCAGACGGUGAGGUAUGCACCUGGGGGAAGAGCGCGAGAGGGCGCCUGGGAAGGAAGGACGAAGACAUGCGGAACCCCGGUCCCGUGCACCUGGAAGAGACCCACCCGUACGUGGUGACAUCUGUCUCCUGCUGCCAUGGAAACACUCUGUUGGCUGUGAAGCCUGCAGCAGAGGAGCCCUGCCCACCAUAAAAGGAGCAAGUGGGGGUGGGAGGCA